AGGCUAUUUUCUUUUGCCACCUGCAAGCAGUAAACGGGACGCAAGGAUUUGGUGCUGACGACGAGGUUGAUUAUCGUUCGGCGGAACGGUCCGCGCUCUCCUUGUCUUUUUAUACGACGCAAAUGGACGGCAUUGCAACUGAACAAGCACCUCAACAAACAACAAACACAACCUUAUCGCACAAUACAGCCAACAACCCUCCAAGUGUAUCCCAAACCCUUACGCUUUCCCACCUCGCGGCUCCUACGGCUGCUUUCGUUCACCUCGUCGCUGCUGCUGCCGCUGCAGCGUCAGUUCACAACUCUACUUUGACAACGCAACAGCAGCAAGCACUUACCAACCCGCAAACGGACCCGCAUCCUGCAAAAAUUCACGACACGAUGGUUACAACACCUGGGAUUGUUCAUCCGCUACAAAUCGGCGCUCUUGCACAUUUGCAACAUCAACAGCCGUCCUCAGCAAAUACAUCAGGAAUGUCUGCACUGCAGCAGCAACAGCAACAACAGCACCUUACUGAGCCGAAACAAGAACCUGAUGCUAAUUCGGACGGAGGAGUGAACGCAAAUGCAAAAGGAAAUAAGAAGCGAAAAGGCGCAUUAAACAAGCGAAAAGUUUCGCAUGCAUGUGUUUACUGCAGACGAAGCCACAUGACUUGCGACGACGGUCGACCUUGUCAGCGUUGCAUCAAACGAAAGAUUGCCCACUUGUGUCAUGACGAUUACAAAACCAAUGCUACGCGGACCAACAGACGUCGUUCAGUCCAACCGCCAAGUUCCGUUAUUGUCACAUCUCCUCCCUCAACCGCAGCCAUCCACGAGUCCUCUGAUUCCUCUUCACCCGCUUCUACCCCGCCUCCUCCUAUAUCCGCCCCGAUAAUGACCGCAACCACUUCACAACCGCAACAGACAGCCUCUUUAUCAAUGUUGGAUCCUGGCCUAGCGGAAGAUCUGGUCGGCUUACCAUCGGAUCGGGACUUGACAGCUACGGUCGCAAAUGCUUUAGCUACCCUUGACCCAGUAACUAUGGCACCGGCAUCUACAUCUGCGCUCGCCUUGGAUACUGCUUUUACAUUUGCGAGCAUGUCGGCAUUCCCUCCUGUUUUUGCUAGCGAAAGCAUGGGGCACGAAUUUGCCAUUAUCUCGGACUUUCUUGCAAGUUGGGAUGGGACGUUUGAUGGUACUCUUGAUCCUUCUCUUGUUGACAUGGAUUUGGUUGAUAUGUCUGCACCAGGAAGUGGUUAUGCAACGCCAUUGGGAGCUGCGUCGUCAACUACAUCUCAAGAGUCACUUUUAAAUGGGACGAAACUGAGCAGCGCUGAGCGAUUCAUUCUCACGGCUGCUGACCCGAAAGACGGACCAUCCGAAGACCGUCUUCGGUCGGUCAUUAGUGCAAAGAUUGAGGCUGGACUUCUCAAGCCCUACAACUAUGUCAAUGGGUACACUCGCCUUCAAAAGUGGAUGGACUCUCACAUGCCCGCCCCUUCCCGUCAGCGAAUUCUCAAUGUGAUGGGGAUAUUCAGACCUAUGUUUCGUUCCGUCGCGCAAUCUCUCACCGAUUACGAUCUGGUUUUGGUGGAAGAAUCUUUUGAGCGUUUACUCCUCGAGUACGACCGCGUCUUUUCGUCAAUGGGAAUACCGGCAUGCUUGUGGAGGCGUACAGGCGAGAUAUGGAAGUCCAAUAAGGAAUUUGCCUCUUUGGUUGGAAUUCCGAUUGAGCAACUACGAGAGGGCAAAACGUGUAUAUAUGAGUUGAUGAACGAAGACAGUGCUGUGAAUUAUUGGGAAAAAUACGGCAAUAUCGCUUUCGAUGCUGGACAAAAGGCGGUUUUGACGAGUUGUGUUUUGAGGAAUCCGGCGGAUGAUCCGGCGCCGGAUGGAGACGGACUAGUGCGACAUAAGGGGAAGGAAGUUCAAUGUUGUUUCAGCUUUACAAUUCGACGAGAUCGGUAUAAUAUUCCAUUACUGAUUGCUGGAAACUUUCUCAUUGCGUCAUAGAAUGAGAGAUGAGAUUAUAUUUGCAAAGCCCUACUCGGCAAUACCCAGAGAAAGACGUACAUAGAAGCUGAGGGAUGACGGGAAUGCUGCCCGCAAGGCAACCGUACACACACUAGAUGGACAACAUCAACUUUUUUAUUUGUACAUAGUGAUUGUUGGCUAGCAAUAGUUGCUAAUAAAGAAAGGAGGGCACGCGGGGCAGGCCAAGCGAAGCUCUCCUUGUGUUCUGCGCUUUCGAUCGUGGUGAAUUUCCAUUUGCAUGCUUACCAUAAAAGGAAUGUGCUAAGCUAUGGCGCAGUAAGC